GUUAUCUUCCCUUCGCGGUCGUUGAUUUCGCCGUCACCGCUAUUUCCCCACAACAUUCAAAACUCAAUUCCCAUCUUUCCCUUCAACAUUCCCAUCACUGUUCUCUUCACAACACACUCGCGUGAAAUGCUCGAGCCUCGUCAUGCAUUCGUUCACCUCGAUGGAGAACCGUGACCCCACUCGAAGGCCCGCGCGUGCGCGAAGAAACACCGGAACCGGUUGCAUUUGCGUCGGGCACGUGGAUGAUUCAAUCGAUGGCAUGGCGAAGCACUUGACCCUCUCAUUCUUCACGACCCUUUGUUCAAGAAGCAGCAGCGUCGUUCGAGCCUCCGAUGCCGGCGCCGUCGACUGUCGCCUCACGGAGGACAUUGGUUCGAUCAGAAUGGCUGAAGCUUGGUUCGUUAAGAUCGCUUGUACCGUUUUGGUUCGCUCUAACUCACUCGACAAGUUCUUAGGUUAUUUUAGUAAGCACUUAACUCCUUCGCUUGUUUUGGAGGUUGUUAAUAGGGUUAACGCUCCUAAUUUGGGGUUUAAGUUUGUUGAAUUCAGUAGAGAUAAGUUGCAUAUGAAUCAUUGCUAUUGGACUUAUAAUGUGCUUUUGAGGUCCCUUUGUCAAUCGAAUCUUCAUAAUUCCGCGAAAAUUGUGUAUGAUUGGAUGAGGUGUGAUGGUCAGUUUCCUGAUAAUUGGUUGUUAGGGUUCUUGGUUUCGUCCUAUGCCCUCGUAGGUAGGUUCGACAUCUCGAAGGAAUUGCUUGCUGAUUUUCAGGGAAAUAAUGUUGGUGUCAAUGCUGUUGUGUAUAAUGACUUGUUCAACAUCUUGAUAAAACAGAAUAGGAUUGGUGAUGCUCUUGUUCUGUUUGGGGAUCUUAUCCGGUUGCGGUAUCGGCCCGCAAUUCACACGAUCAAUAUUUUAAUCAGAGGGUUGUGCAGGGCAGGGAAGAUUAAUGAGGCUUUUAAACUUCUCCGUGAUUUAGGGAGUUUUGAAUGUUCGCCUGAUAUAGUUACGUAUAACACUCUUAUACAUGGUUUAUGCCGAAUUAGUGAAGUUGAUAGAGCUAGAAAUCUGCUAAAUGAAGUUUGUUUGGGAAGGGAGUUUUCCCCUGAUGUUGUUAGUUAUACGACAAUAAUAUCAGGUUAUUGCAAGUUGAGUAAGAUGGAGGAGGGGACUUUGCUUUUUGAUGAAAUGAUUAGAUCUGGAACAAAGCCUAAUACAUUUACUUUUAAUGCUCUUAUUGAUGGUUUUGGUAAGAUAGGUGACAUGGCUUCUGCGCUAGCCUUGUAUAAGAAGAUGCUUGUUCAUGGUUGUCCUCCCGAUGUUGUUACUUUUACUUCACUAAUUAAUGGCUACUUUAGAGUUGGACAUGUGAACAGUGCCUUGGAAAUGUGGCAUGAAAUGAAUGACAGAAAUAUUUCUGCGAGUUUAUUUACGUUCUCUGUUCUUGUCAGUGGCCUUUGCAAUCACAACAGACUACAUGAAGCCCGUGACAUUUUGAGAAUUCUGAAGCAGAGUGACAUUUUCCCACAACCAUUUAUCUACAAUCCUGUUAUUGAUGGAUAUUGCAAAUCUGGGAAUGUUGACGAGGCUAAUAAAAUUAUAGCAGAUAUGGAGGAGAAGAGGUGCAAGCCUGAUAAGUUGACCUAUACCAUUCUUAUUAUUGGGCACUGUAUGAAAGGGAGGAUGCCUGAAGCAAUUGGUAUCUUCGAUAAGAUGUUGGCAGUUGGUUGUGCCCCAGAUGAAAUCACAGUAAAUAAUUUAAGUACCUUUCUUUUGAAGGCUGGAAUGCCUGGUGAAGCUGCCCGCAUUAAGGAAGCUCUAUGUCAGAACCUGUCCUUGGGUUCUUCACCAUCAAAGAAAUCUUAUAAUGAAAGUACAACUUCAGAGUUGCCCAUUGCUGUAUAUUGAAGUGCCAUUGCAAACCAGUGGUUAGACAUGGCCUUCCACCAUUAUGCCUUGAGUGCUGGGUGCAUGCGUUCAGCUUGUGGAACAUAGGAAUGCAAUCGUCGGGCAGAGUGUCUCUAUUUUCUGGAGACUAUCAACAUUUGCUUUUGCAUUGGUAUUCCCUCCACGUUUCUGCGGAUUGUUUUUGAACCUCAAGUUAGGUAUGGCAUUGGUAUUUUGAAUUGUAACUGUGAACGCCUAAAUCCCAAUCCCGGGGUGGAUAAGAUACUUUAAAUCACUGAAGCCUUGAUCUUAAGGCCUUGCAGGUUCCGAGACAAUGCAUGUCUUAGGUUUUGGAAGUAUUUGGAGAGGCCCCGUUUUCAUGCUUCACCAUCCCCAGCAUGAUACAAAUGUGAAUGUCAAUGAGUUUAACGUGGUUGUUAACUGGUUCGAAGCUUGCCACUGAUGUGUAAGGAGAUAAGUCAUGUCGUACGAGAUUUUAUGCUUAAAAGUUCAUUUUAUCAUUGGCUAAUGGCUGACCUUUGGGUUUAAAUUUAUCUGUUGAAUUAGGUUUUCUAUUCAUCUUUUUUUGGACUGAUGAAUAGUAGUUUUAUCAGAUGUUACUAAGGGGGACGCAUGACCCCAAGGAUUUUCGCCCAUGUGCUGAAAUUGUUUGAUUCUUUUUGGACUGUGUAAAGUACUAUGUAAUAAAAAAAAGUGCGAGUUUCCCAUAAAUGA